AUGCCUUCUUACAUCCACAAGUACAAGGCCGCCGCGGUCGUCAGUGAGCCUGCUUGGUUCGACCUGGAAGCAGGCGUCCAGAAGACAAUUUCCCUGAUCAACGAAGCUGGCAAGGCCGGUUGCAAACUGAUCGGCUUCCCUGAGACAUGGAUUCCUGGAUACCCAUACUGGUUGUGGAAGGUCAACUACAUGCAGCAGUUGCCCAUGAUCAAGCUCUACCGAGAGAACAGCAUGAGGGUCGACUCUGACGAAAUGCGCCGCAUCCGAAAGGCUGCCCGAGACAAUCAUAUCUUCGUCUCUCUCGGCUUUUCUGAGAUUGACUAUGCCACUUGCUAUCUUGCCCAGGUCAUGAUCGACCCUAAUGGCGAUGUCAUCAACCACCGCCGCAAGAUCAAGCCUAGUCACGUAGAGAAGCUUGUCUACGGAGAUGGCUCCGGCGAUACCUUCAUGUCUGUCACUGACACUGACAUUGGCCGCCUUGGUCAGCUUCACUGCUGGGAGAACAUGAACCCUUUCCUCAAGUCCCUGAACGUCUCCUGUGGCGAGCAGAUCCACGUCGCGGCCUGGCCCCUUGCCCCCGGCGAUGCCAUGAGGGCUUAUCCUGAUACUGCGACUAAUACCGCAGAGCAAUGGGCUGAUCUGAUUACUCCGGCAUACGCCAUCGAGACGAACGCAUGGACGAUUGCGCCAUUCCAGCGAAUCAGCCUGGACGGUAUCAAGAAGAACACGCCGCCCGGCGUGGAGCCCGAGACUGCCCCGGAGCACUACAACGGCUGGGGUCGCAUCUAUGCGCCCGAUGGGACUUGCGUUGCCAAAGCAGACAAGGACUUUGAUGGCCUGUUGAUUGCUGAUAUUGAUCUCAACGAGACUCACAUUCCCAAGGCUGUUCACGACUACGGUGGUCACUACGGCCGUCCCGAUCUCAUUAGACUUUUGGUCGACACCCGCCGCAAGGAACUGGUCACCGAGGCUGAUCCUGAUGGGAAUAUCGCCACCUACUCUACCCGUGAGCGACUCGGCCUCCACCUGCCCCUCGACCCCCCGAAUCCUCGCAAUGAAAAAGCCGGUCUCGUUGGUACAUCUCGACCCCGACAGAUGCCUCAGAGGGGAGGACAACCCCAGGCCGACAAAAUCUAA